AUGACCAAUCGACUGACGGUCGAGAAACCGACCGACUCGACUUCAGAUGCCGCUUCAGUAGGAGCGUCGUCAGCGGGCAGUGAGACACGACUAAUCAAAGCAGUCCACUCCAUCUACAAACGAUGGGCCUUCUUCAUCGUUAACAACACUUUCAAAGUCAUCACAGCGUGCACAAUACUCACGUUGAUAUGCACGGUCAAGAUCUUAUUGUCAAAGUGAGUUUUGUAGUUUGGGAAAGUGGGUAAUUGGAAGAGUUCAAAUUCAAACAUUAGGAAGGACAAAACUUAGAAGAAAAAAGGGUGUUUUGGAGUUUAUAAGGAUCAUUUUGGAGUUUAUAAAAGGAAAGGGAUGUUUAUACCUGAAGGAAUUUUGAAAAAGUCAAGAACAGUAGGAAAAAAGUAACUUUUACUGUUGAAAGACAAGGUUAUCUCCUAAGUUGUAAAGUAAAAAGGUUUAGAAAACUCCUUUCUUGAUCUGUCAGAAACAAAUUUAUUGCCUAAACUUAUCAUUUUUCUUAUACAUGGCUGUAAAUCUGCUAGUAUAACUUUACUAUUGCCAUCUCUCUAGUAACUUUUUUAAAAAACUUGAACAAAGACAUCUAUAACACUAGUUAUAAUAUACACAAAACAUUUUACUGCAACAUAAUGAAUACUUUGGCAUUUUUCCUAACCCCGCAAAGUUGCUCUGAAAGAGGGCACAGAAUUAUUAAAACACCCUAAUAAGUCAAAAUCUUCAGACAACACAAUGACAUCACAGGCUACACGCCGUACGGUGCGCGGUCGUUACUGGAAAGAGACAUUCGAAAUGAAUUCUUUGACCAAAAUGGAAUAGGAGUAGCCAUCAUGGUACUAGCUGAACCGAAACAUGGCGUUGAUAUUCUGAAACCGGAAUACUUGGAAGAACUUGUUAGAGUAGGUUCUUGAGUACGGUAACCUUAUGCUUUUAGAUUGACGACUUUGUGAGGACAAACUUCACGAUUCUGAAUCAUUUCACGAAUAAAACCGAGAACUUUGACGAAUUCUGCUCAAACUUCUGCAAACUAAAUGAGCCAUUGCGGAAUUACUAUGUAAGUUAAUGUAACUGAAGCUAUAGGUUGUUCAAAUAAUUCUGUGCCCUCUUUCAAAGCAAAUUUUAGGGAUUAGGGGCACAGAAUUAUUUGAACAAUUUAAUACUAUAUAAUUUUAGUACUAAAUUUUAAUUAAUAUUACAGUACGUCCACUGUAAAACGCUAAAAGAUCAAACAAAAUUACAAGAAUAAUACUUUCAGAACGGCCUAAAGCUCCAAUUAACGGCAGAAAACAACAAAGAGCCAAUGAAUGACAGAAUCAGCCUUCAUUACCCAAAGAUCGACGUGUAUGGACAAAAGAUCAACAUACAACAAAGUAUCUUCGGAAUUCACUUCAAAAAUGAAACAAAACCAACUGAUUACACCAAUCUUGAGUACGCCGAAAUGGCAGCCUUGAUCUACAAAUCAGAAAGAGAAGGAGGAUGGAGCGACGACGAGCUCAAGGAGUACGAGACUGCCAUCUCUGACUACUUUGAGAAGUAUGGCCUUAUUUAAAUUAUUGCUAACAUCAUGGGUGUUAAUGUACUGCUAAAUACAUGAUUUAGUAGCACAAACAUGCCAUGAUUAAAGUUAUGCACCAUGAAAUUUAAAAAAAGCUAUAUAGCAGUUAUAGCAGCACAAACUACAACAAUAUUUUGCCGUUUCAGUGAGUACAAAAGCAAAAACCUGCACGUAAUGACAAUCAGCACAACGUAUGUCGAAAGUGAAAUCGUCCGAGCUGGCUUGACAAUGUUGCCAUUCUUGUUGAUUGGUUUCACAAUUAUGUGUAUCGUAUCAUCAACUACAGUACUACUAUCAGCUGUGUACUUUCAACAAGUCAGCAUUCACAAGGUAAAAUAAUAUAAAUCAAUGUUAUACUCGUAUAACACUGUUUUGGUACCUAAUUAACAUGAAUAACAUCGACAACAUGUUAUUCUGCCUUAUGAAUUUGUUGAACAACAAGCUGUUGACCAUCAUUAUCGUUAAAACGACAAAUGUUUCGAUUUGACUUUUCCAUGCCUAACACAAGAUUUUCCAGAUCUCCUUGGCCGUUAUGGCCUGUGUCUGUCCAUUCAUGGCCAGUGGAACAGCACUUGGUCUCAUGUUCUUUGCUGGUAUUCGUUACGGUUCCAUCUUGUUGGUAACUCCCUUCCUCGUCCUAGCCAUCGGAGUAGAUGACGCCUACCUCAUGAUACAUGCCUGGCAACGAGUUUCGAAGCAAAUGCGUGAGAACCCAACUCCAGAAGACUGUGUAGCUCACCGCCUCUCCUUGGUCCUCAUCGACACCGGGCCCGCCAUUCUCAUCUCAGCUUUGACCAAUAUCCUUGCUGACGCUGUAGGAUCUUUCACUGGAUCUCCUGAAGUAACGCUUCUCUGUGCAGGAAACAUGGCAUCCAUCUUCAUUGACUUCAUAUACCAAAUCACCUUCUAUACGAGUGUUAUGGCCAUCGUUGGUCACUUCGAAAUGAGGGAUGAACAGAGGAUGCGGUUCAAGUUGUCCAUUCCAAUUGGAGCGGCCGAAUCCACUAAACAUGCUGUGCAGAUUGUGCCUGCCAGGAAGUCAAAACAGGUAAGAGACAGAAACCAACAAAAAUUUGGAAAAAACUAGAAAUUCUACUAAAAGUUUAUUUUUUCUUUUCUUAUGUUGACGAAAUGUCACAAUAUUGAUGGAUUUUAAAAGAAGUCACUUUUUUUAUUGAUUGCUUGAAAACUUUGAGUUAUUUCUUAAUUUUUAUAUCUAUUAUUCACUGAAUCUUAUGCGAUCUCAUUGAUCAUACCCUUUUACACCUAAAGUUUUGUUUUUUGUGUUGAACAACACACAUUCUUUUAUAUUUUUGAUCAGAAAAUGGUCUCGAUUUGGGAGUAAAUACCUAAUUCAGCAAGCUCUUUGACGCAAUUCCAAAUUUAUUGACGAGAAACGUCGAGAACACUGUGAGGGUGUAGAAACAAACAACAAUGUGACUUGAAUUCCAAAAAAGUUACAUAGAUUUUGGUGAUUUUAGGUAACAAGUGACAUAAGGGUUAUUUUUAGGUAACAAUCGAUGAAAAAAGUACAUUUUCGGGUAAUGUAGAUUAGAAAAUUUUGUUUUUAGGAAACAAAACUUUUAAAAAUUGAGUUUUAGGUAACAAAACGUUUAAAAUUUUAUAUUUUAGCCUUCUGGCAAGUUCCAUCAAAAAGUGAAGACACAUUUCAACAAGUUUGUCAUAACAUACGUCGAUGUCAUCACGAACACGGUUGUCGCCAUCUUUGUGUGCAUAUUAUGGGCAUUGUUCUUGGUUCAUUCAGUUUAUGUAAGUCUUUGUAAAAUUUAUAUAUCUUCACGUUGUAAUAUACAUAUAGUGUACAAUAGCAUAAGUGCUUAAUUUAUUAUUUUAAAAGCUUUUACAUCUUUUUUAUUUUAGUGGCUGACCAAGUUCGAAGUAAACCUAACGACUAAGAAGAUGUUCGCAUCAGAUUCUCCACUUCUGGCAAUUGAUCAUCGGCGUGAAGAACAAAUAGUACCGUACUAUACUGUAAUCACGGUCUUUGUCAACAACCCAGGAGACCUUGGAGACCCAGCUCGAGUUGAGAAUCUUUAUAAGUUAGUGACAGAGCUGGAGUCAUUCCCAGAGUCAUGGGGGACUGAAUCGACCAGUCUUUGGUUGACAGACUUUUUGGCUUUUGAAGAACAAUCAGAUCAGCUUGAGGAGGAGGAAGACACGACGGUGCAGAUGGGUAACAGGACAAAGUAUAGGGCUGAUGACAUCCCAACGUUCUUGGAAUGGCCAGAGUAUGAUUGGUGGAAGGGAUUCUUGAAGUUGAAGCAGGAGAAGUGGGUCUUUUUUAUGUUAUAUUUGGUUUUUAAGCAGUUUUUUAAACGAUUUAUGUUGAUCUUUAAUUAACCAAAGAUAUUAUUUAAAACAAACUUGAUUUAUAUUAAUCAUGCUGUUUUAGCAACCACACAAUUCUCGAGAGCUUCUUCUUUACCACAGCCUACCAAGGAGAUCAUCUCAAGUCGUGGAGUGAACGAUCUCGACUACUACAACGAUGGAGAGCAGUAACCGACCGUUACCCACAAUUCAACACGACCUCCUACCAAGAUGAAGGUAUCUUCCUGGACCUCAUUGAUAACAUGCCAACGGAUGCUUGGCAAUCCGCCUUGGCCACUUUGGUGUGUAUGGCCUUUGUGUGUUUCAUAUUCAUGUACAAUACUUAUUCGGUGCUUGUGGCUAGUGCUGUGAUAGCAUCGAUUAUGACUGGUAUGUUGGGCACGUUGUGUUGGGAAGGAGUUACCAUGGAUCCGAUCAUGAUGGCUGCGAUGGUAAUAUCUAUCGGGUUCAGUGUUGAUAUACCUGCUCAUGUUUCGUAUCAUUUUCAUAGUGCAGGUAAGGGUCUUGAUCUACUAUAAUAUUGGAAAUAUAUGAAGAUUUUAGGCACGACUUACUAGUAUAUCUCUUUAUAUAUGUGUAUAAUAAUAAAGUUAUAUUAUUGAUGGUAUAUUUAGAUGUAUUAUUCUAUAAAUGAUGAUAAUAUUUACUUUUCAGGCUUUGAAAACCCAAAUCUAUCAGUUAAGGACAGGUUAAUAUUAACAUUGUCUUCUGUUGGAUUCCCAGCUAUUCAAGCCAGUUUCUCAACGAAUUUAGUCGUUUUUUCAUUGUUGUUUGUACCUUUAUACAUGGCGCAGGUAUGUCAUUUUCAAUUUUUAAAAAUCUUGGUCGAAAUUAACGUAUUUUACAUUUUGAUUACUUAAUAUUGGCUUUUGGUAUUUUGUCAACUCUACUUUUCCCAAUUGAUAAAAAUGCAUUUUUAAAACAGAUUUGAAUCCUUUCAGGUGUUCGUGAAGAUAAUGUUUUUGUGCAUAGUGCUGACCAUCAUCCACUCGUUGGUCAUGUUGCCGGCCAUUUUCAGUCUCAUUGAAAAGAUCUCGGGCUCUUUCCGCAAGGCCAACUGA